GAAGAACUAAAUAUCUCUGACUCCUUCCACAUAUUCCGAGAUGAAGUUAAUCUGCACCAGCUAAAUAAUGAAGGAAAGUUAUCUAUGACACUCAUUGGUAGCAACAUCCUGGCAAGUGAGGACAAACCAUUGGAAUCAGCAGUUGUCAAAGUCAUUAGCCCAGUAGAGCAGAACAGUGCUGAGCUGGAGGACCAAGAGUCUUCCUCGUCCCUUGUACUGAGAGAGCUUCUCCAGGAGGCUCCAGAGCUUCUUACUGAGCAGCUGGCUCAUCUCCUCAGAGGCAGUAUCCUCUUCAAGUGGAUGGCUAUGGAUCCAGAGAAGCUCUCAGAGAAGCUCUCAGAGAAGCAGGAGGAGAUUCUGUCUGUCCUGGAGGAGAAGUUUCCUAACUUGCCUCCAAGAGAAGACAUCAUCAGUGUGCUCCAGGAGACCCACUCCAGCGCUCACGGUUUAAGUACUGAGCAAGCAAUGUUGAAAGAUCUGAAGGAACUGUCAGAUGGAGAAAUAAAAGUGGCCAUUAGUACUGUGAGCAUAAACCUUGAGAACUGUGUGACUCACAGCAAUAUCACCGGUGACUUGAAAGCCUUCACAGAUAAGUUCAGCUUUGAUGUCCUCAUCCUGUUCUCCAGCUACCUGUCAGAGGAUCAGCAGCCCCGACGGCAGAUCGCUGUGUACUCCCAGAACCUGGAGCUGUGCAGUCAGAUUUGCUGUGAGCUGGAAGAGUGUCAGAACCCUUGCCUAGAACUGGAGCCCUUUGAGUGUGGCUGUGAUGAGAUCCUGGUAUACCAGCAGGAGGAUCCUUCUGUGACCUGGGAUCAGGUGGUUCUCCUUGUCAAGGAAGUCAUCAAUAGGAGGUGUCCAGAGAUCGCCUCCAACAGCCGGACGUCCUCCACGGAAGCUGUGGCAGGCAGUGCGCCCCUCUCCCAAGGCUCCUCUGGGAUCAUGGAAUUGUAUGGUUCUGACAUUGAGCCACAGCCCAGCUCUGUGAAUUUCAUAGAGAAUCCCCCAGAUCUCAGUGAUUCUAACCAGGCUCCAGUGGAUGUCAACAUGGACCUUGUUAGUCCAGACAGUGGCCUAGCCACCAUUCGGAGCAGCCGGUCCUCUAAGGAGAGCUCUGUGUUCCUCAGUGAUGAUAGCCCAGUGGGAGAAGGUGCUGUGCCUCACCACAGCCUCCUUCCUGGCUUUGACUCCUACAGUCCCAUCCCUGAAGGGGCAGUAGCAGAAGAGCAUGCGCGGCCUGGGGAACACAGUGAGCACUUUGACCUCUUCAGCUUUGACUCAGCUGCCAUGGUUUCUAGGCAGUCCCAGGCAUCUUCCCAUUCUGCAGACUACUCUCCAGCAGAUGACUUCCCCAACAGCGAUUCAUCAGAUGGACAGCUUCCCCCUGGGCCGAAAGGUCUUGAUGAGAUAGGAACCAACAUGUCCAAUUAUUCAUCCAGUUCACUUUUGUCUGAGGCUGGCAAAGAUAACCUGGUAGAGUUUGAUGAAGAGUUUGUUCAGAGACAAGAAAGUCUGGUUGAAAAUAAUGAAGAAAAUUUAAGCCUGAAAGGUUUUGUGGGAGAUGAAUCUCCUUCACCAGAAAGGCUGAACAAUGCCAGAAAGCAAAUCCCACCCACGCCUAUGAACAGCUUUGUGGAAAGCUCACCGUCUACUGAAGAGCCAGCCUCACUCUAUCCAGAAAACACAAACCCUAAAGCAAUGGACACAGAUCACCUGGGGCUACCUCAGACCCAGACCCGGUGUAGCAGCUGGUGGGGUGAUCUGGAAAUUGACUCUAAAAAUAUUACAGAUGAGUGGACUUCCAGUGAACAAGAAUCUGUUUUUCAGAGCCCUGAAUCAUGGAAAGAGCAUAAGUCUCACCCCACUGAUAGGAGAGCUUCAGAUUCUGUCUUUCAGUCAAAGAGUCUUGACUUCCCAAAGUCAGAUCCCUGGGAUCCUGAAUUUGGUCAGCCGGAACUUGGAAGCAAUGACAUUGAAGAUGAAAAGGAGGAAAGCUUACAGUUUGAAAACCUCCCCAAUGAGAAGCUACAUUUACCAAGCACUUCUCCUCAGGGGACAAACCACCUGAUAGAAGACUUCACUUCUUUGUGGCAGUCCAGUCACUCUCCCACAAUGAUGCCUGAGCCCUGGGGAAACCCUACAGAUGAUGGGGAACCAGUGUCUGCCAUGUCAUUCCCAGCCUGGAGCGCUUUUCAUAAGGAAGAUAAUGCUGAAGCUUUAAAAAAUACCUGGAAUCUUCACCCAACAAGUGGUGAAACAUCUCUGAGGAACCCAAAGGAGUGGGUGAUGGCCAAAAGUGGGUAUUCUUUUCCUUCAGAAGACCUCCUAGACAGUUCAGCCAGUGAGGCAAAUCAUGAGGCAGCUCCAAAAAUCUGGGGCAAAAAAAACAAUGACUCUAGGGUUAAUAUCCUCAUAUCCGGAAAUCCCAGUUCCAACGUGGAGCUUGCAUGGAAUAAUUCCCUGCCACCACAGGAAGAUCAAAAUGGCUUUGUGAGUCCUAAAAGUAGAGGAAAGGCAUAUGAAAAGGUAGAUUCCUGGAACCUUUUUGAGGAGAAUGUUAAGAAAGGAGGGUCAGAUGGCCCAGCUCCUUGGGAAGAUUCCUUCUUAGCAUACAAAUGUUCCGAUUAUAGUACCUCUAAUGUAGGAGAAGAUUCAGUGCCUUCCCCAUUAGAUACCAACUACUCUACCUCUGACUCUUACACAUCACCAACGUUUGCUGGAGAGGAAAAAGAAACAGAAAACAAGCCAUGUACUAAAGAGGAAGUCUGUGAGUCCAAAGAUGCUGACUUAACUGCAGAGGAGACAGAAGUUCCCCUGCAGUCACUACAGCAGCCUCCUAGAAGUCGAAUCAGUUCAGGGCCUGGGAACCUAGACAUGUGGACCUCUCCUCACACAGAUGCUCAUCCUGAAGGGGGCGCAGCUCGUGACCCAGAUAAAGAUUUACUGCAGGCAGAGUGCCUCACCACAGAGGAUGGUGUGGAGGAGAGCAGCCAGUCCAGCUACGACGACCCCAGCAUGAUGCAGCUGUACAACGAGACAAACCGGCAGCUCACCCUUCUGCACAGCAGCACCAACUCCUGGCAGGCAGCCCCUGACAGCCUGGACGUGUGGAACAGAGUGAUCCUCGAGGACACACAGUCCACUGCCACGAUCUCAGACAUGGAUAACGACUUGGACUGGGAUGACUGCAGUGGGGGGGUGGCGAUCACCAGCGACGGCCAAGCAGAAGGAUCCAUGACCGACAGGACUGAAGUAGAAACCCGAUUUUCAGUGAGGCAGCUAGAACCAUGGGGCACAGAGUAUCAGGAUAUAAAUCAGGUAGAUGGGGAGCUCCCUAUCUCCACUGAACAUGCCAAGGGUGGUGCUCCCAGAGAAUAUCACACAUUGAAUGAGAAAAAUGGGCAGUUAAUUGCAAACAGUAUUUGGGAUUCUGUCAUGAGAGAUAAAGAAGUGUCAUCAUUCAGGCUACCAGGCCCCUCAUAUAUGACAGAUUCAGAGAAAAACAAUUUGCCUACUGAAAGACCCAGCCAUUCAGCAAAUACUAUGGACAGUCCUGUCGUCGAUGGGCUAAAAGCAUCUGGAAUCAGUAAGUCAGCAGCAUGCGCACCUCAUCCUGAUGACCAGGACCUGUGGACAGGACUCCUGCCAACUGACACAGCACCCUUGGUGACCAGGCCUGAGAACGCAGAACAUGUGGAAGGUUCAGACCCAUGGAUGGCUCAUGGCUAUAGAAAUAGUGAAAGUGAACAUGAAGCCCUGGCUGCCUCAAGCACAAGGUUCUUUGAUAAGGAGGAAGCGAUGGCCUCUGGAGAUGAGAGUGCCCCAGAAACUUCUGGAAAAGGAAUUGGUGACCAGGAACUCUCUUCUCCAGUUGCAUCUGAAUAUCAAGAAAUUUACACUGAAUCAGGCAAAGCCAGAUCUCUUCCAACCAUUUGCAGUCCUCAGACAGGGGAACUAAAGAAAGUUUUGGAACAUGAGGGAUCUUGUAACCUAGACCCCUGUGAUAUGCAAACAGAGAUGUCCACAAAUAACCUUCAGGCAAAGGAGAUUGAAAAAGAGCCCCUCAUGGAUUAUAGAAAUUCAGGGGAAACUAAUGAGAUCUCAAGUAAGAUGAAUUUAACAAAAAAUGUAUCUUCAUCUGAGGUGGAUCUUGAGAAAAUGGAAGAAUGUAACAUUCCGGAGCCGGAAAAAAUAAAUGAAGGGCCACCUCAUGAAACUUCCCAAAGCCUUGUGGUUUGGGUUGGCUCUGUAGACAGUGACGUGCAGGACCACUGCACAAGUUCUGAGAUCACUAAGAUGCUUGAAGCCAAAGGUACUGAAAACAGCCCUCCAGGAGCCAUUUCACCUGGGAGUUAUGAGAAAGACAGUCUUUCCAGUGACGAGUAUAUGCACUCAAGUGCAUCGAGUCCUGAUGCAAAUGAUUCCACAGCUGCACUGUCCUCCUGGGGCCAGCGACCCACUGCUGGGCAUCAGAAAGAGAGUCAUGGUGAGCAAAGUGAAGAGAAUCACCAGCAGUCUCAAGUAAUGACCAGUGAUGGCCAAGGAGAAGUAGUCUCUGAAAUGAAGAAGCUAGAGAAGUACAGGAUGGAUGAGUGUGAAAAGAGCUUUGAUCAAAAAGUUCCUAAAUUUUUAGAGAUUUGGAAUGAUUCCAUUGACGGUGAUUCUUUAUCCUCUCUAUCAAGCCCUGAAACAGGCAAAACUUUUGACUACUCAGGUGCAUAUCAGGACAGAAAUCUAGCAGUUAGUCAUGAGAACAAUAGAAAUGUUGUUCUUGAAACUGUACAGCCAGAGGAUGCCAAGGUCAUUUCAACAAAUUUGGGCUCUGAUGAUAGCAGUGUAGGUAAUGAAGAGUCAGUAGGGAAAGAGACUUGUUUGAUCCCUUGUCAAGUUACUCAGAAUAAAUCCGGAGCAUGGGAUGUAUUGAAUGAAUCUGAAUGCCUGACCAUGGCAGAACCCAGUGCUGAGGAGUCUUCUGAUUAUGCAGAUGGUGCAGAACCAGCAGAGAGUGAGAGGAAGUCACAUCCACUGUAUGACAGUCAAAGCAGCUCUGAGCACUGGAAUUUCUCACCACUCACAGAGACUGAAAUUCAGUUCACAGCAAAGGAAAGGGAGGCACGACCUUCUCCAGAAGCAGGGAAGACAAGAGAUGAAAUCUGGCAGAUAUCUCCAAAAACUGAACCAAAGAGUGAAGCUCAUUCUAAACUGGAAAUGCUUGGCUUCUCUGCUGAAAGCAGUGAGUGGUGGGAAACCCCUCCGCAGGAAGGGGCAUCUUCUGAGAAUGCAUUUCAGGGGGCACUAUCUAACUCAAGUGAUGCAUUAGCAAGGAAUUCUUCAGUAUAUCAAAGUGUGGGCCCCUGGGGAGUACCCACUAGGGGUGACACUGAAUCCAGGCAAACACACAGCACUAAUCCUUUCAGAGAGGAACUCCAGCCACCCUUUCUGGUCAGUAAUGAAGACAGCUCCUGUGGACAACUUUGGAACAUCCAACCAAGGCAGCCAGACCCAGAUGCUGACCAGUUUAGCCAGCUUGUAAUAUUGGACCAAGUUAAAGAAAAAGAUUCCAGGGAGGAAACUUUUACAUCUUCUGCUGAUCACGAGCUUCCUUCUGAGACACUCACUCAAGAGCAAUGUCAGGAUACCAUGCUAGCUGUCUGGGCUCAGCCAGACCCAGAAAUUACUCACUCAGAUGACAAUGGGUAUGUUAUUGCUAACAUCUCAAGUGACCAUCAGGAAGCAAAUUGGUGGGAUCAAGAAAAAUCAUACCUUAGUGAAAUGACACAUUCAAGCACUGCCACAGAAAAUUUACCCACUGUCCAUACUCCUAGCCAGUUGAUGAAGAAGUCAGCCUCUGAAUGGAAUGACUGCAAUCCUAGCGAGGGCCCCCAAGGUACAUUUGCCCCAGAUAUUUUACAUGGCAACUUCCAAGAGGGUGGGCAGCUGCCCUCUGCCUCGCCUGACUUAUGGAUGGAUGUCAAGCAACCCUACAGUCUAAAGGCAGAUGGCGAGAAUCCUGACAUACUCACUCACUGUGACCAUGACAGCAUUUCUCAGGCUUCCAACAGCCCUGAUAUAUGUCAGGACUCUGAAGCAAAUGAGGAGACUGAGCAGAAGCACAUCAGUGCCUGCAUCAGGCCUGAAGUAGAAUCCAGUGAAUUUUAUCUCACUGAGCCCAAGAUAAAUGGAGACCCAAGUCAGGAACCUGGGCAGGAAUCUGGCCCGGCCAAUUCAGAACUUUCUGUAGGAAAUGCAAUUCCUUUGCCUCCGGGUGCCAAUCAAUCAUGUAUAAAUGGCUCAUCUCAGCCUGCCUCUGCUAUGGGUUCUCCUGAGCAUUCUGAAAUGAGUGACUACAACUUUACAGGCUUAGAAGCAUCAAAAGAAGAACCCAGAACAUACACAGCACCAGUUUUGGAACUCACAGACAAGACAAUUCAAAGAGUUGAAGAUGUGGGAACUCAUAUUUUUAUAACUCACCAGGAGCCAACUAUAGAAGGCAAUGACUCCUGGGUACCGGAAGACCUUUCUCCCGAAAGUCACACAGGCUCAAGGGCUUUGGCUCACUGUGAGUCGCCUUUUGCUCCUGAGAUGCCUGCCACUGGCGCUGAUGCUUCAUUCACCUCAAGUGCCUGUUUGGAUGUAAGUGAAACUGCCUUUGACCACAGUUUCAGUGAUGGCUCAGGUCUUAACACCUCCACGGGCACAAUAGAUGAUGUGAGUAAGCUCACACUGUCGGAAGGCCACCCUGACACGCCACUUGAUGGAGAUGCUGGGAAACAAGAUAUCUGUUCUUCCGAAGCCUCAUGGGGUGAAUUUGAGUAUGAAACAAUAGGCCAGAACAUGGAUGAAGAGGCCAUGAAAGAGCCUGAACAUUUCCUAUAUGGUGCUGAUCUUCCCCUGGAGGAAAAUGGUCAGAAGCAAUCUGUAGCACCCUACACACCUCCCUUUGACUUGUCUUACCUCACAGAAGCCCGCCACAGCGCUGAGACAACAGAGGAAGCUGGGUCUCCAGACGACUUGUCUCUGGGAAGUGAAGCAGCAGAGAUGUUGCUUUCGGCUCUUCCUGAUCCAAGUGAAGGAAGUCCCACGGAACAUACAAGCAGAGAGCCUGGACACCAGCCGGUUGUGCUGCACAUUCAUGAAGACCCUGAGUCAGUUUCUCUGGCAGUAGGAGAAGCAAGCUCCAACUUUGGGUCAUCUCCAUCCAACAUUGACUGGGAAGUGGAAUCAGACAAUUCUGAUUCACCAGCAGAUGGAGACAUGGGACCACCAAAUGGUGCCAACGAGGGAAUUUUGGCAUUAGAAGAAGAGAAAAUAAUCCUUGCCAAAGAGCUUAAGGAGCUAAAAUCAGAAUAUAAAGAAGAAAGAUGGGCAGGGAAAAAUGAAGAUCAUCAUGCAAUACACAUGGAUUAUAUCCUUGUAGGCCAUGAACAAAAUCCACCCCUGAAACCAGAGGCCUGUGAAGUGGGAAAAAGCAUAUCCCAGUUAGAAGGAUCAUCCGCAGGUUCUGAAGAAACAGAACUGUCAGGAACUCAGGGAUUGAGCUUCCCAGAGACAGGUCAGCCUGUCUCUUUAAAUGAAGGCAAAGAUCAUUCUGUGGAGAGCUUGUCACCUAAAGAUGACAAGAGGUUGUCUCUUGAAAGUUCUGACCAAAACCAGAGUUGGAUGGUCUUGGGCUGUGGCGACGUGCGCUAUCCCUCACCGGAAGCCAGGGAUGCAGGGACUGGAUGGGCUGACAAAACUGCGGAGCCCUUCUCCGAUCCAUGCAUAAUCCAAGGCUCCCAGAUGGAAGAAAUGAAGCCUCUGGAAUCUUUAGCACUGGAGGAAGUCUCUGGUCUAAGCAGUCAGUCAAGGAAGAUCAAGAGCCAAGGUAGAGCUGGCCCAGGCUCAGUGCUAUCGCAAGGUGUCACCCAUGACAAUGAAUGGGAAAUGCUUUCACCACAACUGGCUCAGACAAACAGGAUCCCUGAAAGGGAGAUGGAGGAGGAGACGGAAUUUCUUGAGCCAGGAACCAGAAAACCAAGACCAAAUGGACUCCCGUCAGAGGACGUAGGAAUGGAUAUCCCCUUUGAGGAGGAGGUGCUGAGUCCCUGUGCGGCAGACAUGAGGCCUGAACCUCCUAAUUCACUGGAUCUUAACGGCACUCAUUCUCGGAGGAUAAGGCUCACAGCCCCAAAUAUCAGUCUUUCUCUGGACCACAGUGAAGGUUCCAUUCUCUCUGAUGAUAACCUGGACAGCCCAGAUGGAAUUGAUAUCAAUGUGGAUGAACUUGAUACUCCUGAUGAAGCAGACCCUUUUGAGUAUACAGGCCAUGAAGAGUCUAUGGUCAACAAAGACUCUGGCCAAGAGUCAGAGUCUAUUCCCGAAUACACAGCUGAAGAAGAGCGUGAAGACAACCGGCUGUGGAGGACUGUAGUGAUUGGAGAACAAGAGCAACGCAUCGACAUGAAGGUCAUCGAGCCCUACCGGAGAGUCAUCUCUCAUGGAGGAGAUUCAGGAUACUAUGGGGACGGUCUAAAUGCCAUCAUUGUGUUCGCUGCUUGUUUUCUGCCAGACAGCAGUCGGGCGGAUUACCACUAUGUCAUGGAAAAUCUUUUCCUCUAUGUCAUAAGCACAUUAGAGCUGAUGGUGGCUGAAGACUACAUGGUUGUCUACUUGAAUGGUGCAACCCCCAGACGGAAGAUGCCGGGGCUGGGCUGGAUGAAGAAGUGCUACCAGAUGAUUGACAGGCGGUUGCGCAAGAAUUUGAAAUCCUUCAUCAUUGUUCACCCGUCGUGGUUUAUCAGAACAAUCCUUGCUGUGACACGGCCUUUCAUAAGUUCAAAAUUCAGCAGUAAAAUUAAGUAUGUUAGUAGCCUAUCAGAACUCAGUGGACUGAUCCCAAUGGAUUGCAUCCAUAUUCCAGAAAGCAUCAUUAAGUACGAUGAAGAGAGAUCUUUUAAGAGAAGUGUGAGAACGAGCUGCCUUUACAAUGACCCAGAAAUGUCUUCUAUGGAGAAGGAUAUGGACCUGAAACUGAAAGAGAAGCCGUAGCUGGCUCUAGCUGAGGAGAAGGCUGCUCUUUGCUUUAUGGUUCUGCAGAGAAACACAUCUACACAGAAGAGACAGGGCUGACGUCACCUUUUUCCACUUUGCGCUACCUGGUGCCAUUCUAAAUUUCUAAGGGGUGAAACAGGAAAGGUGUUCCUGUGUUUACUUCUUCCAUUUCUAUAUAUGAAGUUGUGUGUGUUUUCCUAUUUUGCCAAUUAUGUGCCUCAGAGUUUUUAGUUGAACCUUAGCAAAAAAGUAAGCCUUUCCAUUUCUAGAUUUGGUUGUCCUUGGUCAGUGGUAUUUGGUCCCUCAGGUGGAUGUUACCAGUACAGUACAUUCAAUCCACAGUCAGGGAUGAAUGGACUUGUCCAUAGACAGCCCCUCCACACACAGCUGGGUUGCUCCGCAGUGAUCACUUCCAAUGUCAGGCACACAGGGCUCAUACUCUGCUCUACGCUGUCCCCGGUGAGAGCUGCUGCCUGCCUGUAAUGCCACCUUUUAGAUUCUGAGCCUGCGUAAGAAGCCAUAAGCCAGACCCAGGUGUAAAGACUUCACCAGCUGCGGGCAUCAUUAUCACAUGAGUCGUCAUUCACUUCCCCGAGGGAAGCCAAGCUUUCUUCUAUUAAUUUUAUUUUAGUUGUCAUGACUUACAAAAACUGAUCUUUUAAAAUAUUAUUUUCUCCAACUAAUGUUGAAUACCUUCACUUGUGAAACAACGCUGAAUGUUAGUGGCUGUCUAUACUUUGGAUCACAAACCAGGCUUAAGAAGGUAUACUCUAAGUGCCAAGAAUUCAAAACUAAAGUAACCUGCUCAGAAAUUAUUUGGGAACAUUCAUUUAUCCGCAUUUCUCUUUCACAUGCAUCAUAAAAAGUGAUUUGCUUUAAGACAUUUUAAUCUGACCCCAGAUUUAAAAUUAAAUGUAUGUACUACCAUUUAUAAGUCAAUUUCUAAUUUUCAUAUGCCCUUUAAAAUGCCAAUAUGACUUCUAAUCUGUUGGCUUUCAGCAGAGUUUGGCAAAUUCUGCCAACUCUAGGACACCAUCAUAAGCUAAGGGUGGUUUUGACAUUGUGGUUGAAAAAUUUAGUUUUUCAUGACACAAGAAAAUUAUUCAAAUUUUAGUAUCCAUAAAUAAAAUGGUAUUGAAACACAGCCAGACAAAUUUAUUUUCCUACUGUCUACAGCUACUUUUGUACUACCUCAGCAGAGUUAAGUAAUUAUAACAGACCAGAGGGCCACAAAUCCAAAAUCAUUCAUUUCCUGUCUUUACAGAGAAAGUUCGCUGUCCUCUACCCUACCAAAUACAUCUUUUCCCACCCCCUUCCCCUAACCCAACCCCCACAAUUUGUAUUUGGUUUCUCCAGCAGAAUGGACAAUCUUUUUCCUGGCAAAAAGAAAUUUUCUAUUUCUGCAGACAAUCAAAAUAUGUCAUUGGCUGAAAAAGAGCGCUAGGUACAAGAGCCUGGCUCAAGUUCUAACUGCGCCACUCCAAGUGAGCUCAGCAGUCCCUCCUGAGCUAUUGCCCGGCAUUGCAGGGGUCCUUGAUUCCCCCCUGGGCACCAUUCUUAGUUCUCCCAUGUCACCUCUUACAAGUAACCUGGCAGAAACACAGAAGAAAUGGAGAGAGGGCUCUGCCAGAGUCCCCAGGUAGUACCUUCACUGGGGACAGCUGUCCAGGAUGCUUUGAGCCAUAGUACAGAAAGCCCUGAAUUCUUUUGAAGUAGAUAAUCUUUGCACUGAUGACUGAGCUUCUCUGCCCAUAUUUGCUCCAAAUCUGUGUUGUUCCCCUUGCACAAAUGUUCACACUACGCACACGUGUUUACUCUUUCCUCCAUUAGCCUCCCUGGUUAGCUAUCAUCCUUUCCCACACCUUCCACAUUAGAAAACAUACUGUUUUGGGUCUCUUUCUUGUAUCUGGCUGGUCUGACAACUCCACAGCCCACCCACUCUCAGGCCCUACCUCCACCAUUAGAAACCCAAAGAAUGACUGCCCCCACAUACGGCAUUGACAUAAGUAUAAUUACCCAGUCCUGGUUUGUAUUGGGUACCUGCUUCACACAGUCCUUCAAUAGUGUUCCAUUUUGGAAAAUGAACUCCAUGGUCUAUACCACCAUGUUUACCCCAAGUCGUGUGGAAUCCAGGGUUCAGCUCCAGUUUACAGCCAGCCCGGUGCAGCAACAACCUAACCAUUCACAGUCUUGGAACUCAUCCAGCCUAUUUGUUUAUAGUCACUGACUCAGGUUUGAAGCUUUGUCUUCCCACACAACAAUGAUGAGCAUCUGUCCAGAUCCAACAAUAUUGUUUGAGUUGUCUUGUGGGCUACAGAUCUAUUCUGAUAUUUAGGUGUCUGCUAUGUUAUUACCUUAAAAGGACACAUUAAUUUACAUGCACGUGCUAGAGAAAAUACCAUGUGAAUUCAAUCCAAGUAAAUAGAAACCUAGGUAACUCCUGAAAAUAGUCUACGCAGAUAGAUAGACAGCUGUAAACUUACACAUUCAUCUCUCUAGCUCUUGCAUUCUGUGCAUUCUUGCUUUGGUUCUGACUUCUGGGAACUGCUUUGCAUUUUUCCCGUAGAUUUGUUGCUAAAGGAACCAAGGGCUCAUUGUGGGGCAAAAGUAUUGUUUUUAUUCAAAAGGGCAACUGGUCUUUGUGUAGCUCUUGAUUAAAAGAACAAAAAUUUGCACUGAAGAUCCUGUGGGGGAGUAAAGAAAUUUAGGGGCAGUAGCUGGGUAAGGAAGAAACCCUGAAGUUCCUGUUGAAGCCAUACAAUGUUUUAUAGGGUUCCUCCCAAGGCCUGUGCUGAGAGGUGGGAGGAGUGCCUCCUCCUGGCCUUCAGUAAUGGCCCUUAACUACCUUGGCAACGCACGCAUCGCAACGCCCCAGUAGUUUGCUCCUUUAGAAACAUUAAGAUGUACAUGAAUUAACCUUUUAUAGAUUUAAAGAUUUUUCUACUAUGUAUAGGAUUGCUCAGAAUAGAGUAUGGAUUAGACUUUGUUUUGGUAAACAAAUUCUCCCUAAAUAGUGUGGAUUAAUAAUAUAAAAAUAUGUAACAACACAAUAUAUACCUAUGUAACCUGUCUGUAUCAUUCAGAAAUAAAAGUUGA